CGCUGCUCAUUUGUUUGCUCUAUUUUAGAGCCGACUGUCAUCACAGCUGACUCUGAUAUCGGCUUUUCACCUAUACGUCACCAAAGCCUGUCAUCAUGAGAGUGAUCAUCCGGGAUACAUCUUUGCAGGCGUCGGAGUAUAUCGCUGAUUAUAUUAUCAGUCGUAUCAAGGCAUACAAACCUAGCGAGAGCAAUCCCUUCGUUCUUGGCCUACCAACUGGAAGCAGCCCAGAGAUCAUCUACAAGACCCUUGUCCGGCGUUACAAAGCUGGAGAUAUCUCAUUCAGACAUGUCGUGACUUUCAACAUGGACGAAUAUGUCGGUCUUCCGCGCGAUCACCCCGAAUCGUACCAUAGCUUUAUGUACAAGCAUUUCUUCUCCCAUGUGGAUAUUCCUCCGCAGAACAUCAACAUUCUUGAUGGGAAUGCUACGGACCUGGCCGCUGAGUGCGCCUCCUUCGAAGCGCGAAUCGCUCGCUAUGGUGGCAUUGAGCUCUUUUUGGGCGGAGUGGGUUCUGAUGGACAUAUUGCGUUUAAUGAGCCUGGCUCAUCCUUGAACAGCCGUACCCGGGUGAAAACCCUGGCUUACGACACGAUUCUGGCGAACUCCCGUUUCUUCAAUAAUGACAUGGCCCAAGUGCCUCGUAUGGCCUUGACAGUGGGCAUUCGAACAAUUAUGGAAGCCCGCGAGGUUGUGAUCGUGGCAACUGGCGCCCAUAAAGCAUUAGCGGUCAAGGAGGGCCUAGAGGGUGGUGUGAACCACAUGUGGACCAUCUCGUCGCUUCAACUGCACCAGCACCCUCUGAUCGUCUGCGAUCGUGACGCAACGCUCGAGCUCAAGGUCAAAACUGUUCGCUAUUUUGAGUCUAUCGAGCAAGCUGGGACGGAUGCGCGCACUCAGGGUCCUCCUCUUGUCUACAGGCCCCGAACCUACGUCCCUGCUCCGAUGACAGUGAACAAAUCCAACGGGGAGCUUACUCCAAUUGCCACACCGGAAAAAACAUCGAAAGACUUGAGAAUCAACACUGACCUCACGCGGUCAUUCGAGGACGAUGAGCUCACACCAGAUAGUAUGUCGUCACGUAUGGUCGAUUCGGCCGUCGGUGGACUCGAUGCCACUCUCAAGGGCGAUUUGAUGUUCGAUCGUAUGGGUGCAAGGAUGGAAGCUCAUUAGAUCAGAUCGCAAGGGUGGGUAUGGAGGUGUAAAUCAGCCACGCGAUGGCAGCGCUGGAACGACUUCAAAUGCUGGCUUGGGUUUUUAUGAUUAAGAAAUGUCCUUUGCAAAUGUGAUUAGAACAAACUAGAUUGACUGCUGCAUGGUGUUUUGGCUACUGGGAUAAUGGCUUAUGCAUAUAGACCGAUAAGUAGAAUGAGAUACGUAUUCUUAUGUUC